AAAUAAGUGCUGUGCGAUCAUAAUUCCAGCUCUGACUUCCCCUCUCGUCUGUGUGGUCGAGGUUUGUGUUUCCGCUCACAGUACGAGAUGUGUGAAUGAUCACUAUAGCAGAUAUUAUUCAUCUGGAUCAGAUCAUGAAGAUCAUACAGCUGCAGAUCUAUCUGUUCAUGUUGUAUCGAGUCACAGAGAGUCUAACAAACACACCAGUAACUUUAGGAUCUGAUGUGAUUAUAACCUGUGAUCUUGAUAUAAAGGAGAUUUACUGGUACAAACUGAAAUUACCGGAUCCUCCAGUGUUGAUCUUACGCACUUUCAGCAGAACAGUUGAAGGAGGAGGUGAAUAUGAAAACAGCAUCUUUAUACACAAAUACUCAGUGAAAACUAACAGUCGUCUGUUCAUCAAGAAUAUCACCAUUGAUGAAUUAGGAGUUUAUUAUUGUGUGAAAACUAGUGAACCACUAAAAUUCAACAACGGCACCAAAAUCUACAUCAGCGACUCGGUCCACAGGAAUCAGACAGAUGACGCUCCACAACACCAGAUACCAUGGAGAAAUAUGACCAUCAUCAUAUCUGUCCUGCUGAAUGUGCUUCUGAUCAUUGCAUUGAUAGGUGUGGUGAAGAACUGCCGUCAUGCAACUAGAACAUCUAAAAAUAGUUCAGAGAAACCUCCAAGUACCACUGCAGCUCAGGUUUUCACCGGACAUGAGAGUGGGGUGUUAGCCAAGGCAGUGGUGGGCCGGGAUACUGCAACGCUGCUUGAGUCCCAUAGGAAUACAGUAACGCCGGUGAACCAUGGAGCAUUCGGUCCUUUGGAGUUCUGUGAAGAUGCUGCGUUGGGAGACCCGAAGCCGCUUUCCCGUCUGGGCUCUGUGAAGAGGAGUUCCCUGGAGAUCCAUCACUGA